CCGUUUCGCAUGAGCUCUGCGAGACACCGCAGGUUUCCCCUCCGGUGCCGCAAUGGUAUUCUAUCCCCAGCAAGCCACCAGGAUCGCGAUCAGGCUCCCGACAACCUUCUAUGCCUGCGCCGCGAGCCUGCAGCCAGUCGCGACAGCGCUCUGUCCCACGAUGCCCGCCUGGUUCUCGCCAGGCUUCCGUUGCGCCCACUACAACUGGAUAUGAAGCUGAGGAUGAUCCCAUCGACGAUGAAUUGGCUGACGACGGGUCCGAAGAACAGUCUGUUGCUCGCGAAAGCCGGCGGAACCGCACCCGUGGCAAGGGUCGCUUGCCUGCGCCGAGCUAUGAUCACUUACCGGCUGGCGUGACGAGAAAUCAAUUCCGACAUGUCUUCAUUCCGACCGUCGUUAAGUAUCUAGCCAUGUCAUCGGCCGAUCCCUGGAGUGCUGCCACACCCGAGUACAUCAAAAUCAUUCAGGCUGUAUGGUCUCACGUCUUCCCGGAUAUUCAUUAUACAUUUUCGGUUGGUUCACAGUGCAAUGUCUCUCGUCUGAUUUCUCAACGACUCUGUGAAUGGCGCAGCAGUAUCGGUAAUGCUGCUCUCAAGUUCAUCACGCUGAUAGAGGAGAACAAUGAUACUCUGCGUGAUGCAACCACGCGUCGUGAAACUGCUAAGCAUCUGACCCAGGAGAAUGUCUGGCCAUUCCUGUAUGCUGACUGUGCCUCGAAUGAUCCUGAGGAUUGGUCGGGUACGUUUGCUUCAGACCCGAUCUUGCAUGCGCUCAAGGCACACUACGCGUUCGUCGUGGGUCAUACUACUAUUCCGGCACUCGCACCGUCGGUGUCCCGUUACCCUUCUAAUGCCUUGGCGCUCGCCACGGCAGCUGUUGAACGUGCACUACGUCUAUGGGGAGAGAACUAUCUCUCGGGCACGAAGUCGGAGGCUAAGUUGCCCUCUUUCAAUGGUACCGCGUGGGGUGAGGCGACGAAAGCAUGGCGUGUGUCAAUCGAGACACUGGAUAGUUCAGCAUGGGCCUAUAUCAUCGAGAAGGCCAGCCAAAUUGAAGACGUAGUUCGCAAGCCCGUCAUCGCCACAGAAUCGACCACUGUCCAGAGCCGAGCAGGGAUUGUUGCACGCCCGCUUCGCCGCGGCCACUGACUUGAAGAUAUAUCUAGUCCUACGCUACUGGUAAGCAUUCGGCAUAUCACUCUGACUGUUCAUUAUGUUUUCUGCUUUCUCGUUUGCUUUCUCAUUCUCGUACGUUUUCUCGUCCUCGUAAUGCACCUUGGGAUCUUCUCUGUUGCUCUCUCCGCUAUGCCCAUAUGCCCAGCCUUCCCUAUGUGUCUGCUGUUUCUCGCUGUUUGUUGAGCAGGUCUCUAGUUUACUUUAGGAUACAACUCUUGUUAAUGAGUAAUGGAUCAUAUGGUACUCUUAGGCCCUUACCUGGUCUGAGUCCUUC